AUGAAGACAAGAAAAUCUUUGUGUGAAAAAAGUGCUACUCUAAAUGAAACAUCUGCUAAUACAGAAAAGCAAACAGCUAGUAAUCAAGAUAUUGAAGAAAGUGAAAAAAAUUUUAGUGAAAUCACAAGUAAUAUUGGCGAAAUUGAAGAAAAUUCUAGUGAAAUCACAAGUUCGCCACUAAAAAAACAAAGACUACAUAAAGAUAAACAUAUAGAAUCUUAUAUGAAUAUAGAUGAAUCAGACCAAGAGGAUCAAGAAUCAAAUUCAGAUAUAGAAACUGACAAUAAUGAUAUAAUAGAAUCAAGGUUAACAUCACCUUUACCUCUAAACGAAGAGAAAUUAUCCAAUAAAAGAUUAUUAGCCAAUAAUAAAAAAUUUGAAGAACUUAAUUACAAUCAGCAAAUUUCACAAAAACCAGAUGAACUUCAAGAAAUUUCAAGUAAAUUUGAAGCUGCUGCUUGGUUAGCUAAACACUCACAUAUACUUGAUUUAGCAUUUGAGAUAUACAAUGCAAUAUCACGAACUUUGGAAAAUUCUCAAGAAUCUUUAUCAAAAUUAAAGUUUUUGUUGAGUGAUAGAAUGUCAUUAAUUACUUUAACAAUGAUAGCAAACUUAGAACUUGAAGCAAAAGCAUUAUUUUUAAGAACAAGGAAUAAUAUUCCUGCAUUGUAUACUGAAUUAGCAUCUGCUAUAUAUGGUAUCUCCAAAGUUGACAAGCAGAUGCCAGCAUUAAUUAAGAAGUGUGAGAUACUUUCUCAAUUUCUUGAAGCAACAGAACAGCCUGCUCUUCGUAGUAAUAAAAGAAUAUGGAAUGCCUUGAGUGAUUUUAAAACUGAUAUGAAAGUAGCACUUCGUAGUUGUGAUGCAAUUACUGUUAACUUGCCAAUUCCAACUGUACUUGGUAUUGUCGUUCGUUUGCCAGUUCAAGAUUUAUUAAAAUAUAAAACCGAUCAGCAAAGAAGUAAAUAG